AUGUUAGAUGCUCAUAGGGGCUCCACGGGCAUCGCUCGCUCUACCUCUCCGCCAGCACAACCAACCCCAGCUACAGAUCAAGGCCCGGCCGGUAUGCUCUCCCUUGAUGGGGUUGAGGAAGCCAAAGUACUUGUUCCAAUUACCCAAACGGUCGCUAUCAUCACCAGCAUUACUUGUAUCACCGGUAUCGGCAAUCUGCUUGUUGGGCUGCUCACUGUGUGCAUUCCAGUCAUUGUGGCUGACCUCCACAUUCCUUCAGCGCUCCAGCUCAGGCCAACCGCAGCAUUUGCACUCGCCUGUGGCUGUAUGCUGCUUCCUUGUGGUGCUGCAGCUGAUAUGUUGGGGUGUCGGCGCGCGUGUCUGCUUGGUGGAUUGCUUCAGACCGCGAGCGCCCUGGGCGCUGGACUAUCAGCGGCAGGAACGCAACUGAUCGCGCUCAGCCCACAUCGCCGCAGCAAUGCUUUCGCAGCCAUGGGGGGUGGUCAGGCGGUUGGUUUUGGAUUGGGCCUGGCGCUGGGUGUCCGCGUUGCUGGCCCUGGCACUGUGGGUAAUUCUAAACAGCGUGGAUGGUGGUCCGCUGGGGAAGGCAUCCUCGCGCGUCUGCACCGAGAUAUCGAUUGGGUUGGCGCUUUGCUGAUUAGUGCUUGCCUUGCGCUUCUCUCCUACGAACUAGCCGUCGCUACCGGCUCAGAUGCGGAUCAGAGUAUGCGUCAGCCGCUCAACCUUGUCCUCCAUUGCUCGGCACUGGCACUCAUACUUGUAUUUGCCUUGUGGAUGCGGCGACAAGUUCGACCCAGUCGUCCGGCACUGAUUCCAAACUCGCUUUGGACCAACGUGCCGUUUAUGGCUGUUUGCAUUACCGUGUUUCUUGUCUGGGGCACCCUCAAUGCGAGUGAGCAGCUCACAGCCUUGUACCUCCAAGACGCUCGCGGCACAUCGACUUUGACGGCGUCUUUGUAUUUCAUGCCGGCACCGGUGCGUGGCCUGUUGAUGAACGCCGCGAUCGGCAUUUCACUCCCAUAUUUUGAAGCCCUCGAUCGCGGUGCCCGCCGGAUAUCUUGCGAGUGGUAUCGCCCCGCUCCUGCUCGCAAUCUUACGCGGCGAGCUGAUCUAAUUUAUACGAUCGCAAACCUUGUUAUGACAGACUCAUUCCCAGUCAAGAUGCAGGCGCUGGCCGGCGGCGUCUUUAACAUGCUAGCUCAGGUUGGGAAGGGUGUUGGGAUAGCCACAUCGGCACUCAUUGCACGUCAAAUCACCUCGCAGACCCAUCAUGCCGAAAGUGCAAACGUCUUUUUAAAGAAAUACAAGGCCGGAUGGUCGUACAACUGUGCACUGGGGUUUGCCUCUGUAGCAGUGAGCUUUGGGGGACUGAGGAGCGUUAAGCGGCUUGAAAUUAAGAGAGACUGA